AUGAAAGGGGUGGUGGCUGGAGGAGCUGAGAUUUGGACUUUGACUUCCACCUGCCCCAGAGACACAAUAUCCCUGUAUGACAGAGUGUGGUCUGUUGCUAUUAGCCCCACACUGAGGUCCUUUGUAACAGGCACUGCAUGCUGCGAAAACUACUCCCCUCUUCGCAUCUGGGAUGUUGAACGGUCGGAGUGUGUGAGCAGUCUGGGCUCACAGUUUCGUCGCGGGGCUGGUGUGUUGGACAUGGUGUUUGAGUCUCCUUUCCAGCUCUUCACCUGCGGCUAUGAUACUUUCAUUCGCCUGUGGGACCUCCGACUCAGCCCACGGAAGUGUGUGAUGGAGUGGGAGGAGCCUCAUGACAGCGCUCUGUACUGCAUCCAGACAGACGGGAAUCACAUGAUAGCCAGCGGCUCCUCGUACUACGGUGUCGUACGACUGUGGGACAAACGUCAGACUGAAUGCCUGCAGUUCUUUCAGCUGAGCUCAGACCAAGUGAGCAGCCCGGUGUACUGUCUGAGGUUCACUAGCUCUCACCUGUAUGCAGCGCUGGCCACCGCCCUGCACUCACUGGACUUCAGACAGAACCCCAUCUACAUCAGAUGAUACACACAGACACGCGCACACACACACAAACUGAUCUGUUCAAUAAAGCUGUCUAUUUUCACAAUAAAUGUC